CCUUUUUGAGCUGUUGCGUGCAUUUGAGAGCGUACCUGGUUCCACACGCAGCCUGUAUACCGCCUGGCACUGUACAUGAAGCGCAGUUCUUUGAAGCCUCGCUGCUGUAAGUGAUACAUGAAGACGACGUGCACACAGAUACCAACUGCCUGUGGCUCGCCCGCUCACACGUGGCUGACUGUGCUCUCUCUGUGCUUCACAGGUUGACGAAUGUCCUUCCUUUUCUGCGAGAGUGAAACAAGCAAAUGCCACACGGAUUGAGCAGCUUGGGAGCAUCGGCAGCAUGACGGUGCUCACUUGACCAUCGGCAUCACCGCAGGACGCUCGUUCAUCGUUCACAGCGUCAUACUCGCUUCACGACCACAGCUUCACCCACCUCCCGGCCUGACGGCAUUCGGCCACUCAUUUUUGUCAGUGGUGGGAGCGGCAUCGAGACAUGGCUGCCGAGUGCGACAUCGAGGCGCCCGUCGACGAGACCGAGGAGAUGGAGCGCAUCGACGAAGACGAGGGCGACAGGCGUGAGCCUGUAGUCAGGAGGGCCCGACGCACCCCCAGCGACAAUGGGGAGCCUGACGAGGCGGAGAUUGAGGCCCAGGUCGAUCGCGAGAGGACCAACCGAGUGCGGAAGAAGGCGGCGGGCAAGAAGGCCGGCAAGAAAGGCAAGAGGGGGAUGCACCUGCAGAAGAACGACAAACAAGCCAAGGCCUUGCUGCUCGUCGAGGAGCUCAGGGAGAGCGCCGAGCGACGACGGGCCGCGCGGGCGCCCCGGUCUCGGCCAGGCUACUUCCGGUUGUCGUCGGAUCCGGUGCUGCUUCCUGAUGUGAGUCCAGCCGUCCACAGACUGGACCGCAGUGUGUCGGCUCCCCAGGCCGCCACCCAUCCCAUCCCCCAUCCCCUACCCCUCCCAGCCUUCUCACUAUCGUCCCUGGCCUUCGCACAUGUCAUGAGCGAGCAGCUCCAAGUGCCCCAGCCGCCACAGCCCAGCAUGAGGUCAUCCAUCGACAACGGUGCGUCGCCCUCGCCCAUCAAUGGCGAGGAGGAAAUCGCCGAGGAGGAGAAGAGCCCCGAGCGGAGCCCAGAGGCGCCAGAGGCGUCCCCUUCUGACAUUGGGACGGUCCGUCGGGCGGUAUUUGACUUGGGCAUGGGGUGGGGCGAGGGUGACGAGGAGGCAGAGGACAAGGGCGUCGAGUGGAUCCCUGUGGACGAGGAGCAUCACGCGCAGCUGGUGCAGACGGCAUUCAGCAACGCCAAGCGGCAGUACUGCGGCUUCAUCCAGCACGUCGCGCGGGUCCGGCGGGCGACGGUCGUGCCAUAUGCCAACCUCAUGCGCCGGCCCAACUCGAGUGCCGUCCCGUCACGAGACGAGAGCGGCCGCUCGCAGCCCCAGAAAAGCCCCUCGUAUGGCGAGCCGAGCCCGUUCGACAUGGCCAUGGGCAUGGAGCAGCAGGAUGACAGUCAGCAGGCGAGCAGGGACAGGGACGAGCCGGACCCCUUCUUCGGCAAGGUCCUGCCCCGCAAGCCCAAGAACAGGGAGGUGGAGGUGUACCUCAGGCGGUCAGAUCUCCCACCGGCCUGGCAAGAGGUGCUCUCGGCCAAGGCCUUCCAGGGCAGACCCGGCCAGUUGCGGGUUGUCUUCUAUUCGACCGAGCCCUCACCGCCACCUGCAGAGGGCAGCGGCACCGUCAAUGGAGAGGGCAGCAAGGGGGAGGGCCAACCACAGCCGGCAGGGCAAGAGGAGCAGGGCGACAAGGCGAGCGAGAGUGUCACCGAGCGGUAUCUGAAGCACGCCACCAUCGAGAAUGCCAUGGAUCUGCUCUUCCCCAAACAGCAGCCGCCACCACCGCCCCCCUCGUCAGCAGCUGAAGGCCUCGAGCGUGAUGGUGAUGCGUACGUGUUGCGGCUUCCCUAUGAGUCCAUCUUGCACAUCGGCAUGGGGCACGUCGACCCUGACGAUGACGACGAGGAGGAAGGGGACAAGAACGACGACGACACAUGCCUGCGGCGCGUCUCUCACAAGGACAUGGCCGCCUUCGGCCGCACCGCCAUGCAAAACGACCCCGACCCGCUGCGCAAGGGACGCCUCGCCGGCAUGUCGGUCAAUGACGUCUAUGUCCUGAUCCUGCGGCCCGACACCCGCGAGGAGCUGGAGAGGCGGCUGCAGCUGAAGCUGGUGCUGGAGAUGGGGGACCUGUGGCGCUUCAUGAAGCUGCGCAAGGAGACUGAGGAGAGGGAGGAAGAGGAGAGGAGAAGGAGAGAGGAGGAGAUGGCGGUCGCCUCACAUGCGGCACGCAAGGACCACGACGCUUCCAUGCGCGACAGGUCUGACCGGUCGGAGGGUGGCUCGGAGCCACGCGCCCGCAAGAGGUCCAAGCGGCGAGACAGGAAGGCGUCCCUGCCACCGGAUGACGAGAUGAUGGGUGUGCAGCCCGACCAGCACCCCUACACGGUGCCUGACGACAUGGCCCACCAGGCUGACGGCAUUGAGUUCUCUUACGCCGACAUGAACGGGACCGACGAGUACGAGCCGUCGGCGCGUCGCGAGAGGAAGGCUUCCCCCAAAGAGAACAAGCGCCGGCGAGCAUCGCAGAAGCGCAAGCUGACUGAGUCGGCCACGUGGGACCUCCCCAAGAUGCCCAACGACCUGCUGCCCGGCGAGCUGCCCAUGAAGCGGCUGCCUGGCGAAGACCACCCCCACCCCAGCCAGGCGCCACUGCGGCCCUCACCCAGCGGUUCGUCACAGGGGUCUUUCCAGCAGCCACAGCAGAAGAGAAAGAAGAGGGGGGCAGGUCGGCCCCCGAAGAAGCGCAGCAACGACGAGGAGGCGCAAUCGCACCCAUCUGCAGCGGCGAGGGAGGCGGGGAUCAGCAAGGAGGUUUUCAACCGCCUGAAUGCCAUGACGGACGAGGAGCUGAGCGAGGCCAUGGAGACCGUAGACACGCUCUGGCGCGUGUUCCAAUUCUACGCCAAGCGACAGCGCGACCUGCACCGGGUGUUCGACGGCAUGGCCAAGCUCUCGCGAUACAGACACAAGCAGUGGGAAAGGUCAGAACCGCCACACGUCACACACGCAGAGCAGAGCAGAGUGACCCGCUCAAGAUUUGUUCAUGUGUGUGCCGUUCGUUGCAUGUCUGUCUGUAUCUCUGUCAGGUAUGUGGAGGAGCAGGAGUUGAAGCGGCAGGAGAGAGGCGACGAGUUCGAGUGGGGUGUGCUGCCCGCCCUGUCAGAGGCCCUCCCGUCCCAGCUCGUCCCCCUGCCCCGCGGCUUCCUCGUCGGCAGCCCCGACGAGGCAUUCGACUUCAAGAAGGAGUUCGAGGAGAAGAUGAAGGGAGGCGCUGUCGCACCACUCACCGCCAGACGGGGACCAUUCGCAGGCCCGGCAGGUGCAGCCUACUCGCCCAUGCGGCCGGCAGUCCCUCUGCUGCCCGCCAUACCAAACCCCCCACCUGUCCCCGACCAGGCCAUCGCCCAAGAGGGCCCCGACGCAUCGCCGCCCAACCUGUCGCUGCCUGGGGCUGUUGUCCCUGUGGCCGAGCCGUCAUCCAACGCCAAGCAGAUCGCCGAGAUCCCCCAGCCGACGGUCAACAGAGACGAGGCGAUGGAAGAUGCUCCUCGUGGCGGCGAGCAGGCGUCCCCCGGCAAGAGGCCCAUUAUCAAACGAGAGGAUGGCGAGAGAUCUGAUGGCGAUUUGGAGGAGGGUGAGCUGCGGGAGUGGGUGAGGAAGCGGGACACCAUCGCAUCCAUCGAGCCGAGGAUUCAGUCGAGCGAUGAGGAGAUGCCGGCCGCCGCUCCCGCGCCGCCGCCACCACCACCACCAGAGCUGCCGGCCAUCGCCACUGUCCAACAGCCACAGACAGAGGAGCCCGCUGCACCAUCACCUCCUGGUGGCGCGGAAGCGGCUGAGGUCGAGCCGCCCAAGACGAAAGAAGAGCCGCCACCCGACGAGCAGCACGGUGCGACGAGAUGCACAGUCAACAGCCAUGCACGCACCCAUUGAAUGACUGUGAAUGCGUCUGUCUGUCUGUCUGUCUAUGUUGUCGUGGUCCCACAGGUGAUGUUGCGGCGCCUCAACAGGAUGACAGUGGUCCAGUCGAGACGGAGGCUAGGUCAGCUGCGGAAAAGGAGGAUGAACGGGCUGCCAUGGCAGCCAACAUCCUCAUGACACUCAGGGCCGGGCGAUUGGACGAGCCUCUCCCGGCUUCCGACGAGCCAUCCCCCCUACCACCCCAGCCACCACCCCAAUCACCACCCCAGCCACCGCCCCAGCCACCACCAGCGACUUCAGCGGCGCCCCCACCAGCAGUGGCGCCAGUGGCACCAGCAGCCAAGCCGGAGGAGGAGGAGCCCGAGGCGGUGGCCAACUCGUCAGACGAAGAGGAGGAGGGCGUGACCAGGAUCUCGCGUUUCAACCUGUCUAUCACCCACAAGCCGCCGCCCAUCGACGAGCACAAGUCAUCCGAGGACAAGGGCCGGGGCUAUAUGGUCUUCUCGGGCAACGUUCUGGGGCCUUCCGACAAGUGGGAGCACACCCGCAUCAAGCACCUGCCCUACGACGCCUUCAGGAUGAACAACGUCUGCGAGAUUAAAGUCACAUGCGAGGCCCAGAAGGUCGGUGCGGUGGGGGCGGGGCGACACGACGUGUGAGGGAGGGACAAGUGGGGGCACUCACUCUGUCUGCGCCUGUGUGUGUGGCGUGUGUGGUCAGGUUGAGGAUCCAUUGCGGGAUGAGCGUCAGCGGCAGCAGAACUCGGUGUGGACGUUCAGGGAGAUCGAGGCCUUCAUGCAACGCUUCAUGCAGCACCCCAAGAACUUCAGGCGGAUCGCGCAGGCCAUCGAAUCCAAAACCACCAGAGACUGCGUGGUGAGCACCGACAGACAACACACACCACCACAUGCACCCACCGCCGUCUGAUCAUCCAUCCACUGUGUGCGGUGUGUCAACCAACACAGGAGUUCUACUACCUGCACAAGUACAAGUACGGGUUGAAGCAGUACUGUGCCGACCACACCCACAUCGCCCUGCACCGCCCCGGGCAGGCAGCAGCCAAGGACCGCGACGCCCAGCUGCCGCAGCCCCUCCCCUCCGAUGUGAGUGUGGCCAACGAGGCCAACGAGCCGGCGGAGAAGGAAGGGUCCGACCAGGCUGAGAGCCUCGCUGGGUCAGCCACGGGGGCAGGCGAGCAGCCAAACAGGAACGUUGUCAAGCACCAGAGGCAUCGGGAGCUGAGAGAAACGGUCAUCGAUGAGGUAGGGCGGGCGGGCGGGCGGGCAGGAAGGAACAACACAUCAAUGAACGGGACACAAGAGUGCAUGAUGGUAUGUAUGUGUCUGUGUCAGAUUCGCGGCAAGCUGACCAACUUGGCUCUCUCUCUCGGCAUGGACGCACCAGAGUUUCGUGGUGGUGACGACAACGAAGGCUCCGAGACUGAGGAGCCGCCCCGUGCCCCCGCACCCCUCAUCGACAUCCCUUCCGACGGCGAGGACGAGCGGGCCAUGCGGGGCUACAUGAAGGGCGUCAGUAUGGGGUACGUCUCCGACUACCUCCUGCUGCAGGCCUCAAGGAAGACCAACAAAGAGCAUUACGACCAGCUGCACAAGAAGAGACAGGAGGAGAGAGAGGCGGCCGAGAAGGAGAAGGCGGCGAAAAAGGCCGAGCCCAACGCCCCGCAAGCGCCGAACGCAGACGACGAUCAGCAGGCGACGGCGCGGCAGCUGGCGGUGGACACCGAGUACGACACGCUCAAGAAUGGCUACAUCCUGCCCUGCUUACCCAACAUGAAGGACGCCGUGUCCUUCCACGUCGGCCCCUCCCUCCAGGUGCUGGGCUACGUCUUCGAUUGCGACGGCAACGCCUACCCCCUCGAGCAUCCCAAAUCCAAGACAGCCAUCGGAGAGUUCCCAUUCAUCCCACCACCACCACCGCCACCGCCACCUCCCCCCGCCAGAGCAUCGCCAGUCGUCAAGGCCGAGAGCAACCCUGAGAGCGAGAGCAGCGGGCAGGCAGUGGAGGUGCGCUCACGCCCGAUUCAGCCCGACAGGAUGGGGGCCAUGUCUCCCGACCGUGAGCGACGUAAGCGCGCCGCCCGCCCUGGUGUGGCCAGGAAGGGUGACGACGCGGACCAUCCGGGUGACAGGAUGGUGGUCAGGGACCGCCCCGAGCAGCCUCCCCGCAGCCCCACGCAGCGCAAGAAGAAGCCGGUGGUGCAUCCGGACUACUUCACGGCCACUUACAGCGACAGCGAGGCCGACGAGAGGGACGAGGAGGAGCGGCAGCUGAUCAAGGAGCUGAGGUCGCCCGGCAUCCCACCACAGGCACCUGCGGCUGCUGCUGCUGCUGCAACUGGUGGUGGUGGUGCAUCAGCUGACCAUGGAGGGCUGCAAUCCGCUUUCCCAUCGCUGCGUCAGACGGACAUCGGUGGUGACGGCGGUGAGGCCAAGAGGCGCAGGGUGGGCCCUAUGCCAUGGGGCGGCAGCGACAAUCGUGACCAGGUGCCUCCGCAGUUCCCGCCCCCCGACCGGCCCGACACAGAGCGGCACUCGCUACGGGAUGGCGACUCGCACCCAUCGACUUCACCCUACCCCAAGGAAGGCCCGCCGACUCCCGUCAGCCCGCCGCCCAAGAUGCACAUCGACCCGAAGCUCAUCAGGCGUAUGAAGGAGAAGCCGAAGACGGUAGGAGACAAGGGGCCACUCACCACCAGCAGCAAGGAGGGCAUCCGGGUGCCGCUGCAGGCCCCUCGGCCUCCUCAGAUGGGUGGUGCCAGGGGGCCGGUGCCCACGGGCUUCCCCGUCACCCGUCCAGGCACACUGGGCACUGUGCCUGUGCGCCCACCGACAUUCCCCAUGCAGUCAAGGCCUCCUGCACUGUCCAUCGUCCACAGCCGGAAGCCGCAGUCGCCGUCGCCCCCACACCACUCAGAGAGAGGCAGCCGCCCCCUACGCCAACCGCCGCCAGCACGCAAGAGGGACCGCGUCGACCUCGAUCAACGUCCUGAGGGAGGAGGGCAGCAGGAGAUGGCAGAGGUGGGCCCCCCGACGGCCCCCGACACGUCGCCCAUUCGGUCGCCCUCGCGGAAGAAGCUGCGGGACGAGAUGCACGGCAUGGGGUCGGGCUACCCGCCAUCAUCAGCCCCGUUUGUGCCGAGAGUGUACCAUCACGGGCCUCCGGCGGCCCCUCCGUCUCGUCCGUCAUUGCUGGCUUCGAUAGAGGGUGUGCCAGGGAGGGGCGAGAGCUGCCCACCGAUGGCACGGAGGGAGGGAGAGGGGGAGGAUCAUCACAUGGGCAGAGACGAGGGCCAGCCGGCUGCGGCUGGCCCUGCUGCUGCUGCUGCUGAAGCGGACCGGGAGAAGGCCCGGGACGACAGCCACCUUGUUGCCAAGGCAGCGUCGAGCAUGCAGCCACGCGCCAAGGCCCUGGCCCGCCCCAGUUCAGUGACCGCAAGCAGCCGUGCGCAGCAGCCUGGAUCGCAGCCAUCGGCACCACCACAGGCUCCAAUACACCCUCACUCAUUCUACCCCAUCUACCCUGGUCAAGGCGCCGCCACGCCCGGCAGCCCCGACGCAGCGAGGCAUCCACCUGCCCCUAUGUAUGCCGUCGGACCACCCAUCCCACCAGCCAGCGGCUCCCCUUCGGCGCAUCAACAAGCCCUUCAGUCCAUCGCUGCUGCCCGCGGGACACCAGCCGCAGCCGCCAGCCCUUCCCAUCCGCCCAUGCGUCCUCCUCCUCCCGACGCAUCAGGGAUGUCUCGUCAGCUGUCGAUUGGCGGGUCGCCCACUCACACGAGUCUGUCCCAUCACGUCUUACCGCAUGGGCAGCUGGCGGCCGUGGCUGCACAGCAAGGCGGAGGCGGUGCUCGUCGGUUCUUUCCGCAGUUUGUGCAGCGUCAGUCGAGCGACCCGGGGCAGCAGGCAAGCGGGGAUGCCUCAGGGGCCACCGGAGUGCGAGCGGCGUCUUAUGGAAUGCCUGCGAUGGUCAUUCAGGCCGGGAGAGCGGCAGCUCCUCCUCUCACUCUCAACAGGACCGAUGACGGUGGAACAGCUGCCGCUGCAGCUGCUGCAGCAGGUAAGCAAAAGCCGCGAGAGAAGAGUGUUGUCUUCUCGCUGAACGCUGUUGCUGUCUUUCUUGUCAACUGUCUGUCAGGUCCAGCAGGUGAUGUCGAAGAGUCGAAGGUCAGCCACCCGAUCCCGCCUCCACAUGGCCAUCAGAGCCCUCCGAGCUACUCGCCAAGCAUGGCGUCUAUCCCUCGGGGUGUCCACCCGCCCGGCCCCGGCCCGUUCACGCUCUGGCACUCACACGGGAGGGGGCCUGCCCCAGGUGGUCACCCGUCACAGCGGCCCAACGCCUCCCCUCUGGUCUACAACGCGCAGCCGUUCCACGGAGGCCGCCUGGUGGCGUCAGGCAUACCCAGCGUGUCAUUUGCUCCGGCCUCGAUACACGUACGUCGUGUCGUACCCACUUCCCAUCCCAUCCACACACACGCGAGUCGAGUGCACCUUUCUUUCUCACAUAUGUGUCUGUCUGACUUGUCCUUCCACGUCAUUCAUUGUUUCAGACUGGUGGGCAUGGUGGCCACCUUGGGCCCCCGGCGUACUCGAACUCAUUCGCUACCACUUCCCCGCCGCCGCACCCGGGCAUGCCGACAUCAGGCACAGUGCCCUACAGGCCACCACCCACGCCAUCGAUGGCGCCCUUGCCGCCUCAGACACAGGUGGCACCGAGCCAGCCGAAGCCAGCCAAAGGCGACAAGCCAGCGCCGGCCAGCCGGGCCAAGGGCAAGGCGCGGAGCAGCAAUCGCCAAAUGGUGAGGUCAGGAGGAGGGCGUGGACGCGGUCCAGCAGCAGCAGCAGCAGCAGCAGGAGCUGGAGAUCAGGCGAGGCCGCCGACGGCACAUCCGAUUCAGCUCUCGCCGGACAUGGACCGUCGCGUGCCUCCGCUGAGCAGCCCUUUGGGUCUCCCUGACCAUGGCGAUGCCACAGGUGACAAGGCGCACGAAAGCAAUGUGGUUCUACCGUCCCCUGCGGGCGGGAUUGUGUCGUCAUCUCCGCCUGGCGAGCGAGUCGAUGAGGAACAGGGCAACGGGGCGGCAAUGGUGAGCACUCACUGCACCGAUAGCUAUAAUCACAUUCAUUCACCUUUAUGUAUGUGUAUCUAUCUGGCCUCUCUCUCGUUUUCUUUGCGUCUACCUACCUCUUCAGGGUGCCAAGGCUCUGCCAGCCGCCAUGAGUCCGUCCGCCGGGGGUCUGCCAAUGUUCCAACAGCAGCAGCAGCGAGCUCUUCCCUAUUCUUCGCACCAACGGCCUCCAUCGCAGCCAGCCGGUCUUGCCGAGCCGGUCGAGAGCCAUCCCAUCGAACAGCCGCCAGAUUAUGCCGCCCUCAACGGAGGAGCAUCGCAGCAGCAGCAGCAGCAGCAGCAGCCAAUGGAUGUGGUGCACCAUCCUCCUCCUGCCACUCUGCAACCGAUGGAGGGUUGCCCAGCAGCAGCAGCAGUAGCAGAGGCCCGUGGUGCGUCUCCAAGGCUUCUCACAGGACCGAGCGCCAAUCUGCAGUCGGCCUUGACGUCCAUUGCAGCAAUCGCAUCCCCGCAGAGUGCACCGGUGACGGAGUCUCAUCCGAUCCAACCUGAUGUCACUGGAUCAACUGCUGCCAGUGGUGGUGCUGGUGUGGAUGAUGAGGGUCGGGGCGUCAGCGGUGACCACCCUGUCCAGCAUGUGAUUGACAAGGUUGCUGAUGGCCAUCAGCAGCAGCACGAGAGAGAGAUGGGGGAGGGGGAGAGAAGUGGUCAGGACUGGUCGACAGGCACUGGUUAAGUGAGUGGUUGACUUGAGAGAGACACUGAAGGCGCCUGGCCUGCAGGGGCGCAGAGAGACCGACGGAUCGAUGUCCAGAGGAUGGGAACGUUCGGUCGUUCGUUUGUUUGAUUGUCCUGUUGGUGUACUGGUGGUUUGUUUGUGUUGGGUUGGUGCACCUGUCUGUCUACCUUACCAGACGUCGCUCUCAGUGGCGUGUGUAGCAGUAAAGGGUUUUGGGUGUCUGUCUCUACUGUACGGAUGCACUCACAGUGCUGUUAUCGGCUAUACUUUAAUAAGCAAGAUGGAGUGAUGGAUGGAUGGAUGGAAGGAUGGAUGGACACAUACACACAUGAUGUUUGUUGUGGGCGGGCCGCUGCGUGCGUGUUGCUGGGGCCCGGCCUGCCUACUGCCUGGAUCGUGUCCUGUGGGUGCUGCGGUGGGGUGCGCGAUGAUGGUACAGUCCAGCCGGAGAGACAGAGGACAAGUGCAGUGCGUGCAGUCAUGUAUUGCAUUGUAGAUGCACUCGUGGAUCGACACACGUGCGAGCGACAUGCGCACGGUGAAUGAGAACUUGUGUCGUGAAACCAAGACGGACAACAUCAGUAUUCAACUUCUUGAAUGAAGAGUGAAUGGAUCCCAUGAGUCCACACGUCACCGCGUCAGGUGUUCCCAUGCACACAGAAAAAUGCCCCCACUCACUCACAGAUAGACAGACAGGCAGGCGAAGGUCUCCUCCCAGCCACCCACUCACUACACUGCACCUUGCCGGUCUACACCUCUCCUGUCUGUCGCGUUGUUUC